AUGAAUAAAAAGUGGUGUAUAAAUAUAGUAAUAUUAUUAUUAUUUAUUAUCUCAGUCAGAGCACAAGGAAAUAGAGGAAGUGGUAAUAUAUGUCUAUCAGAUACAGCCCAGAAAUCCUGUGGAGCAUGUAUUGCUACAGCAGCUGAAUGUGCUUGGUGUAAAUCAGAGAGUUUUUUUAAAGAUGGUAGACUAAGAUGUGAUAGGUAUGAAAAUUUAGCUAAAUUAGGUGUUUGUCAACCAGAUGAUAUUGUUUAUCCAGAUGACAACCUUCAACUGACCAAGAAUGACAGAGUCCAAGAUGGUGUUAAUCCAGAAGAUGCAGUCCAAAUUCAACCACAACAAGUCAGGCUUAAAAUUCGUCCAAAUAAACCUAUUAAAUUUAAAUUAAAUUUCCGACAAGCAGAGAAUUAUCCAGUAGAUUUAUACUAUGUCAUGGAUUUAUCUAAUUCUAUGGAAGAUGAUAAAGACAAAUUGGCUGAAUUGGGAAAUCUUAUUGCUGACAGUAUGUCAAAAAUUACCAAAAAUUUUCGAUUGGGUUUUGGUUCUUUUGUUGAUAAAGUUGUGAUGCCAUAUGUUAGUACAGUACCCAGAAAAUUGAGAGUACCAUGUUUUACUCGAGCAGGAACACCAUGUGAAUCACCAUACAGUUUUAAAAACCAACUUAGUCUGGACCUGGAUACUUCUAAAUUUGCUGUUCAAGUAAUGGCAGCUAAUGUAUCAGGUAAUUUAGAUGCACCAGAAGGUGGGUUUGAUGCUAUUAUGCAAGCAGUUGUCUGUGAGAAUCAAAUAGGAUGGCGUCCAAUUUCUCGAAGAAUGUUAGUCUUUUCGACAGACGCAGGGUUUCAUUAUGCUGGAGAUGGAAAGUCUCAGAUUGGAUGGAGACCUCAAUCUCGACGUAUGUUAGUUUUCUCUACAGAUGCUGGCUUUCAUUAUGCUGGAGAUGGCAAGCUAGGUGGUAUUGUUACUCCUAAUGAUGGAAACUGUCACAUGGAUUUCCGUGGUGUUUAUACCGAAUCAUCAAAUUAUGAUUACCCAUCAGUUAGUCAGAUAGCCUCUAAAGUUGGAGAGAAGAAAGUGAAUAUUAUAUUUGCUGUAACUAAAGAUCAGAAACCAGUGUAUGACAAACUCUCCAAUAUGAUAGAAGGUUCCAUAGCUGGGGAACUGGAAAAUGAUUCUUCAAAUAUUGUAGAUUUGAUCCGGGAAAAUUACGAGACUAUAACAUCUAAAGUUGUGAUGAAUACUGAAAAUGCUGAAAAUAUUACUGUCAAAUUUUAUACUAGAUGUUUUGGAACUGAUAUGAAAGAAACUAAUGAAUGUGAAGGAUUGAAGAUUGGCCAAAAUGUUACAUUUGAAGUUGAAGUAACAGUCACAGAAUGUCCAGCAAAUAAAUCAAAAUGGCAGAGGGCGUUUGAUAUUUAUCCUGUAGGUUUGGCUGAGAAAUUACGACUCAAUUUAGACCUUGUAUGUGAGUGUGAGUGUGAACGCCCUGGACAGGAGGAACCCAACAGUCCACUAUGUUUUUUUGGGAAUGGUACGUAUGAAUGUGGUAAAUGUACCUGUAAUCCAGGAAGAUAUGGUAAAGAAUGUGAAUGUGAUGCCAGUAAAGUCUCGGAUGAAGAAUCUGAUAAAAAAUGUAUAAAACCUAAUUCUACUACACCCUGUUCUGGUCGUGGAGAAUGUGUAUGUGGUAUUUGUGAUUGUUAUCCAAGAACAGCUAACUCCGCCCAGAAAUUUAGUGGUACCUUCUGUGAAUGUGAUAAUUAUUCAUGUGAUUAUUAUGAUGGGUUGAUCUGUGGAGGAUCUGAGAGGGGAACGUGUGAUUGUGGUAAUUGUGUAUGUAAUCCUAAUUUUGAUGGUCCAGCUUGUGAAUGUGAUAAUAGAAAUAUAUCGUGUAUAGCUAGUGACGGUACAUUAUGUAAUGGUCAUGGUGAAUGUGUUUGUGGUACUUGUCAAUGUGAUAAAGAAUCUCAGUACCGUGGUAAAACUUGUGAAGAAUGUCCUACUUGUACCAGAAGAUGUAAUGAAAAUAAAGAAUGUGUUCAGUGUGUAGCAUUUAAAUCAGGACCUAAAACUCAGGAUGAAUGUGAUAGAGAUUGUCGUAAUAUAAACGUACAGUCAGAAGUUAGCAAAUCUGAUGGUGUCCAAAUUUGCCAGUUUAAAGAUGAUGAUGAUUGUCUGUUUACAUUUACUUAUGGUUUUGACUCCAACGAUGAAUUACAAAUUAAAGUACAGAGAACUAAAGUCUGUCCUGAAUCAGUCAAUGUAUUAGCUAUAGUGGGUGGAGUUGUUGGUGGUAUUGUAUUGGUUGGUUUAGCCUUAUUACUAAUAUGGAAAUUAUUAACAGUUAUACAUGACAGAAGAGAGUUUGCUAAAUUUGAAAAUGAAAGACAGAAUGCUAAAUGGGAUACAGGAGAGAAUCCUAUCUAUAAACAAGCUACAUCAACAUUUAAAAAUCCUACUUAUGGUGGAAAUUGA